UUCCACGUGCAGUGAGUGUACUUGUGGAUGUUGCUGUUAUCGAAACAGUUUUACCUUUAAGUUUUGCUCUGUUUCAUUUGCUCUGUUACAUUCUAUACAUAGUCUGUCCUGAAUUAUGGAAACUUUGAUCAUUCCAACAAAGACGGAGGUUUCUGCCCAGUGGGACUCGCCAGCUGACAUGAGCGAAAAAGGAAAGAAACGAAAGAUAUCUCUGAUAAGAUGUGGUAUGUGUGACACAGAGGAGGCGAGAUACCGCUGCCCUGGAUGCAUGACCCACAGUUGUAGUUUGGUAUGUGUGAAGAAGCACAAAGUGGAGACAGGAUGCAGUGGCCUUCGAGAUAAAACCGCCUUCGUGCGGCUCUCUGAGUUCGAUGAGAUCAAUCUACUCAACGACUACAGGUUUCUUGAGGAGACGGGGCGACUGGCAGACAGCACCACCAGAGAUGUCCUCACACAGCACCCCCAUCAUAACCAGAGGGUCCACAAGCUGCCAAAGCAGGCCAGCAAGGCCAAGAUCACCCUGAAGAUCCUGCCCAGGAGCUUCACCAAGCGGAAGGAGAACUCCACCUUCUUCCACAACAAAGAGGGACGUUUCUACUGGCAUCUGAAGCUGCACUUCCCGGGGAGCGAGGCCGACUACACAGAGAAGAGAGUUCGAGAUGAUCAAACCCUUCAGGCGAUCCUCAGGCCGUACAUUCACCCUACUGAGUCUGAUCCUGUACGACGACAAAAGUUGAAGAUCUAUGCCCUCUCCCCCGAAGACCACAUACGAGUCUUCUUGAAGGCAGAAGAGAAUCGGCCUAACUCACUAAGGUAUCACGAGUUAGACCUGAAGAAAAGCUUGAGAGAGAACCUGGAGCACAAGACGAUCAUCGAGUACCCUGCUCUGCAUGUGGCCCUGAGGGACCACUGCCAAGACUACCUCACCCAGACACAAGGACACAUCUGGAAGCCCCGCUCCCUCACCACCACCCCUUCAGAAGGAGCCUCAGCUGGGCCUGAAGAGGCCACUGCAGGCCCAGGACUACCCGGGGUCGACCCCCAUGGCAGCACUACUGCUGUUCCUACGGCUGAUCAAACACACACACCUCCAGUGAAGAGGGUGAAGAGAGCACCGCUUAGUGAGGAUGAACUGGAGGACGGGGAGGUGUUGAGCGAUGAGGAAGAGAAGGAGGGUGAGGUGAAGCAGCAUGGGAAAGAUGAGGUUAAGGACGAAGAGGAGGAGGGUGAGGAGAAGCAGAAUGGGAAAGAUGAGGUUAAGGAAGAAGAGGAGGACGGCAGAAUUGAUGGCAAAGCCAACACUGCCAAUGGCAUCGACGGUGGAACUCUGAUCCACAGCUUAAAUCCUCCUGUAGAGCAGGAUGAUCGAAGGAAGUAUGAGGAGGAGGAGCGCGGUAAUGGCGGCAAAGGCAGCACUGUGGCUGGGACCGAUGGUGAAACUCUGGUCUUGGGCCCAGAUCCUGGGAUCAAAGAGGAAGGAUGUGAAAAUCUGGUCUCCUGCCUAAAUCCCUCUGAAGUGUAGAACGAUGGGGAUGGGAGAAAGGAUGAAGGUCGUGAGGUUCUCGUCCCCGGCCUAAAUCUCCCUGAAGAGCAGGGUCAUGGGGGUGAGGAGGAAGGAGAGUGUGAGGAGAUGUCUGAGGACUGAUGACCGUGGACCAUAGAGGUAGACUGUAGACCGUUGGACUAGAGGUGAUGCAGCAAUUUGCGACAGCACUGGAAAAGGGCAAGUGCAGCCUCCAUCUUCUAUAGGUAGGCCUGUGCUCUUCAGUCAAGGCAAAUCAAUGGAGAACAUGCCCACCUCUGUCAAAAAAUCAUUUUAAAAUCAUUUCAUAUUAGUUAGAUAUUUAGCAGCACAUUUCAACUAUCGUCCUUGUAUAGUGCAAUUAUUAAGCCAUUUUUUGACAUAGGUGAGCUCCCUUCUCCAUUCAUUUACAUUGAUCAGGUCUACCUACAAUAAUGGCUGCCAAAUUUGCUGUGAAAAGGGGGGCGGGGUCACCUCUAGUCUAAUGUUCUGCAUCUAUGCAGUGGACACUGAUGAGAUGGGAAGCUGUGCUGUCAGCAAUGAUGCCGUAGCAGCAACAAGUGGCAGUCAGGGUUAACAGUGUGGACCCGCGGAUCAUGGACAUGACGGACUUUUUGUUGACAUUGUCUUUAGGACAAAAAGACACAGUUGCUCGCCGUCCUGAAUUGUGUUGUCAGUGAAGACUUGUUUACGCGUUUAUAUGGACAUUCCUGUGGAAGAGAUGUCAAAGACCUAAUUGAAGUCCAGUCAAUCUCUCUUUGUUGACCUACCUUGUCAAUGCAGUCGCUGAUAUUAAAUUAAUGCUGCAGGUAUUAAGAAUGGACUGUGAGGAUUUACGAGUAAACAUAGUCAAAUUGUUUAACAUUUUCCAGAAAUCUACACAAUUUUUUAUGUUAAUCACCGCAAGACUGUAUUUGCACGUGACAUGUAUUUGAACAUGACAGAAGUGGCUCACUCUCUAGACAGUUAACAUAUUUUUAUAAUAUAUUUUUAUGUGUUACAAUUUUGUGUCAUUAUGUUCUCCCAUUGUUCGAGUAAUUUCUUCCUCGUUGAUGGCGAAGGAUAAUGAUUUGCAGCUGCUGCCAUUUGCAAUCCGUUAAAUAGCUUGAAGAGCCUGUACAUAAAAUGUUCACAAUAAAAAACUGUCAUUACUGUCCCUUA